AUGCACAUGGUAAGAAAAAAAUGUCUGAAAAACUAAGGUUACUAUGCUUAUUAAAAAAAAAUGCCGAAAAGGAGUGAUGAGAAAGUUAACAGUCGUUCGUUAUUUUUACCCAAUACACUGACAGCCGCUGUAGAGUACACGAGUAAUCCUUAAGUUUUCUAGCCUGCAACCGCAGACGUAUUUCUGGUCGCGAUCGUCGCUUCCUGCCCUCCGAAAAAUAGAGAGGCGACGACCCGAAAUACGUCUGCGAUCGCAGGCUAAGACGUUUUCCCCUGGGAUGGUAUAAGUAGAACCAUCGAAAAAGACAAGCGCUACGUUGAAAAUCUCCCCCGUGCUCUCGUGUAUUGACUACUUGCGGACUCUGUCAGUGUGCUGUGGAAUCAAUUAAAUAAUUGAUUAGUUCUUCGUUUCUUUGUUCAUUUUCUUAAAAAUAAUUGGCCCUCAACUCUUAACAGGAGUUCGGGAUAGACAUUUUCCUUCGUCAGUCUUGGUUUGACCCGCGACUUGACCACGGUCUUCAAGGUACUCUAUCUCUAAGUAACACGGUGCUUUCUCACAUAUGGCUGCCCGACAGUUACUUCAAAAACGCAAAGAAAGCAAGCUUCCACGACGUCACCACACCGAAUAUCAUGAUUUCCAUUGGUCCUGGGGGCUUGGUAAAUUACAAUGCAAGGUAAGGCUGGUUAGCUACCGACCCAUAGAGAAGGGGAAAUAAGCUGUAUAUAUAAUAACAAGGGGUGUGUGAUCUAUGGUUUAAUCAAAUAGUAAAUCACUAAACCGGUGAGAAAAAGUGAUCUGAAAUAAGGUGUAAUUCAUUAAUAAAGCAUAAUGGGGGAUACACGAAAACGGGUCUCAAACAGUCAGGCAAAAUUCAAACAUCCCUUGCAGCAUGAAAAUCGUCCAGAUACUGAUACAGAGUACUCCUGCUUAACUAGUUUAUUUUGUCGAAUUUACAGUAAGCAAUCAGCAGUGCAGAUUGGUCAAUUCUGAAUGUAGUAGUUAUUGACCGUCUAUGAACAACCAGAACAACGAAUUUAAGUUUUGAUCGCAGUUUGUAACAGAAAUAAAGUCACAAUUUUAGAAGCCAGUACUGAGUCAAUUAUAUUUCCUGGCGUUUAGGAUUUGGUUUCCCUAAUCAUCGACCAAUGGCCGUUAAGUUCGUGAAUUUAGUAUUUUACCCAAAAAUAUUGGUUUCUCUACUUAAAUCACGAUAUAAUAAAUAACUUACGAACCUCGCUUUCAAGUUCCUUACUGAAGUUUACAGAAUCUUUUUUCCCUCUCAGAUUUGGGCCUGGCUGCGGAAAAAACUUAGUCUCUAACUUAUUGUAAAUUGUGGUGCUAGUAAGUGUAACUGUAAAAUAAUAAACAAUUUUUUUAUUUUCCUGCAUGCAUUGACUUUUAUUUUUCUCCAGAGUUACUCUGAAAGCUUCUUGUCCCAUGGAUUUACACCUUUAUCCUAUGGACGUACAGGAAUGCCCAUUGAUUAUUGAAAGUUGUAAGUUGCAGUUUAUAGUAGGGAGCUUAAAGGGAACCUCCACUUCAACAAAAAGAUAACUUUAAAUCACAGGAAAUAACUGUUACAGUCAAGUCAAUCUAAAAUAUUUUUAAAGAAAGCGUUUGUAUCCGAAAGAAAUAACUUUUAGAUUCGCCUAUUUUUGUUUUCAAAUUUUGCGGGCGUCGCCAUCUUGAAUAAUAAAUUGUGACGUAUAAUGGUUGCCCUAUUGUUAUUAAACAAAAGCUCUUUGUGUCAGAACAAUAGAGCAACCGUAACACGUCACAAUUAUUCAAGAUGGCGGCGCCCGCGAAAUUUGAAAGUGAAAAUAAGCGAUUUUAUAAUUCACUUUUCCUGAUAUAAACACUUUUUUUAAGACAAAUUUCGAACAAAUUUGUUUAUCAACAUAAUUUUAUUCGGUUUAAACUUAUUCUGUAGUAAGAGUGGAGGUUCCCUUUAAGCAGUGAAGACGACGAGGGCAGCAAAAAUGUUGCUAAAAAUGGAUUUGCCUCCUUUCAAACAUUACUGCGUCUCUUUGGACCUGCCUUAUUCGUCAACAAAUGCAGGCCAUUUUUCCUGGAGUCAUUGAAUUCUUAACUUAGGACUUCAUCUAGGUUCAAACAAGGAAAGGAAAAUUCGACGUAGUAUAUUUUCAAGUCCUCCAUAAAAGGUCGCAUUAGGACGUCAAAAAAUGUAAUAAAACUCGUGAUGCAAGUGCAGAGCUACUUUUUUGCUCGUAAAACCGAUUGAUUUUUGACGUUGUCGUCGUUCUUUAAGCAGUCUCUCUUGAUUUAGACCCCGUCAACACGUAUCAGGAUAUCUUUGAAAACGGUUUUUUUCUCCGUAUUCAGAGCCAGGUUGCUUAGCCUUGCGUCUACCCCGACGGCGUUUUCGAGCACGAAAAACGCAGGUUUUUAACGGUUUCCAGAGUGGGGAGUUUUUUGAAAACGCAGGAUGGUCGUCAUAGCUUAAACAAUUUGCGAAAUACGCUGAUGUCAUAAAAUCGAAGGAAAAGAGAAAAAGAAAGCGCGAGGAGGGAGAAAGGACGAGAAGAGAAAAAAAGCAAUGGUUGCACUCUUAAAUUUUUUGAUGGCUACUUUGGAGAUAGUUUUUGGCAGAAAAAAACUGUUGGACGGAAAAGGUCCAUUUGACGAUAACGUUUCCAAAAAUCCGGCCAUACUACUAGCACCACGCAUGCUCUGUGAGGGAUGCAAAUCGUAUUUCUUUCAAUUUAGCGUUUAUGUGUGGACGGGCAAAACAAUUCGAAUAAGCUACUUGUGGAUGUGUUAUUAUUAUUAUUAUUUUGAAAACCGAGAAAAAUGUCUCCCCUUUGAAAAAAUACCCGGAUACGUGUGCACUGGGCAACGCAAUAGUUACUCACGCACUUUCCACUAGGGAUUUGAGAAUAAUUUUAUUUUUUACAUAAUUACUUGUUGAACAUGUUGCUUUAAUUUAUCUCUUUUGUUUGGUGUUUUAUAGAUGGCUAUGACAUAAAAAACAUCAUUUACAAAUGGGAAAAAUCCAGCGAGGAUGGAAUGUCAUUUGUACCCCUUGACAUGAAGAUGCUACCUCAAUUUAAACUCACCAAGCUGCACCUUUCAACAAUUUUCACCCGAUAUGUAGUUGGUAAAUAAAAGCCAGUCUCAUAGAUUAUUUAUUAAAAUAACUGUUAAUUUGUUUCAAUUAUGAUGUAUGUUAAAUGCGUAGAAAAUAGUCUCCGGCCUCUUUAAGGGAAAAUUGACGAAAAACUCCAGAACAUUUGAGUCCAAUUGAACAUUUGAUUUAGCAAAACGAUCCUGAAAAUUAUGUUAGGUCGCUUUCCAUUUGACAGAACUGGUCCCGGACCAUUGCUUAACCACAAAAAUGAAAUGGGCCCUGUCAAUAUUUUGCGGACCAUUCCUUCGCUAUUCAGGAUUUUGAUCUGGCCGGAAAAAAGAUCCUGAAAAUUAUGGUUGACAAAUGGAAAGCGCCCUUCUAACAUCUCUAAUGUCCUUUAGAGCGAUAUACUCCAGCAAUGACUCUGUUUAGGAGACUGUCUCAAUGGCUCGAUGUUCAUAAUUAUGUCCUGUCGCUAUGCACUUGAAACAGCUACCAUUCAUAUCAUUUCCACGAUGCUCCGCCUUACACCACCCAGUAACAAAACAAAGUUCCUGCCUUUUUUUAAAGUCUCUUUAAAUCAAGUCCGAAUAAUCAGAUUCAUUUCCAUGGCUUACCUUGUUCUAGCCGACACAACGCCUGGUGACUAGCCCUGAGCCCGAGACGAAAGAUGUAUCUGGCAGUGAAAAGUGGGCGGACUUUUCAGUUUUAUUUCAAUUUAUUGACGAUGAACUGGCACUAGCACGCUCAGUCGAGGUUAAUGCGGGUGGAUCGUGGUAUUCUCACCAUUAGCCUCCACUACGUGCAAGCUAUAGUUUCAGUUCACCGUCAAUAAUGCGACAAAGGUUUUCUGUCAUACAGGCAACUACUCUGGCUUGAGGGCCUCAUUCUCCUUACAGCGCCUGUACAGUUAUCAAGUGAUUCAUCUUUACGGACCGAGCGGACUCAUUGUAGUACUCUCCUGGCUGACUUUCCUUCUACCUAGAACGCAGUCCCCUGCUCGAGUCACGCUUGGAGUGACGUCUGUCCUCACCAUAGUAACUGUUCUGACCAUGUCCAAUAACGCUAUGCCUGUAAUAAUAAUACUGAUUGAUGCUACAGUUGACUGACAUGUAAUCCUACCCCCUGGAAUGUGCUAUAUAUAUCAACCACAUUCUGUACCAAAAAGAGAUCAAUAAACCUUCGAGCCAGUCAACCCUUGUUAUGUUUCUUAGUUAAAACCCUGAACCCGUUCAUCUAAGCAAAGCUUAUUACAUGGUGUCAGAAGUGGCCAAUCAUGGAACACAUGAAGCCCAUAGGACCUCUACGAAUGGACGGCAACGUCGCAGAAAACUGGCGAAAAUGGAAACAGAGGUGGGUCCUCUAUGCGAAAGCGAGUGGAGUAGACUCAAAAGACGAAGAAACACAAUGUGCAGUCUUACUACACACCAUAGGAGAAGAGGCACUCGAAGUAUACGACACUUUUACAUUUACAGAAGCCGAGGAGAAUAAGAUAGAACCUCUCGUGGCAAAGCUAGAGGCGUACUGUGCCCCAAAGAAGAACGUCACGUACGAACGCUAUCUUUUCUUCUCGUGCACGCAAAACGGACGGCCUAUCGACGCCUUCGUUACCGAUCUCCGCACAAAGCCAAAACCUGCGAGUUUGGAACACUCAACGAUAGUCUAAUAAAGGACAGAAUCGUGUGUGGAAUCGACAGCCAGAGUGUAAGGGAGCGACUCUUACGCAACAACGAGCUCACUCUAGAAGUAGCCAUAAAUACCGUACGAGCCGCAGAGACGAGUAAAACUCAAAUGGAGUCCCUUAACAGCCUUGAAGCAGCAGCCGUAAACUUCGUCACAAAGAACCAAAAACAGCCACCAAGAUAUCAGCCUAUGAAGAAAAGGCAGCAGAAACAACAGCACCAGCAAAUAAAACCGUGUGGUCGUUGUGGUUACAUCCACAAGCCAAAACAAUGCAGGGCGUUUGGACAAACAUGUCACAAAUGUCAAGGGAGAGAUCACUUCGCCCAUAUGUGCCGCACAAAAGGCGCAAAUACUGGCCACAAAACACUCAAUGAAGUCGAACAGCAGUCAGACACUGACUCAGAUGAGGAUCUAUUCCUUGGAGAAUUAGAUUCGUCACAAAAUGACAAAAACGAACUGUUCACGAAAUUAACCGUGAAUGAGGAAGAGAUCAGCUUCAAAAUUGAUACAGGCGCACAGUGCAAUGUCAUUCCCGAACACGCCUAUGAAAAACUGAGCAAGAAGCCAAGCCUACAGCCUACUAAAGUUAAGAUAACUGCAUAUGGUGGGGUACGUGUGCCGAUCAAAGGAACAUGCACAAUGACAAUCAAGAAAAACAGCAAAAACCUUGAUGCCAAAUUCUUUAUUGUCGCCGUUGAAAAGGCUCAACCCUUAAUUGGCCUUCAAACUUGCCGAGAUCUGGAACUGAUAAACAUUAACAACGAUGUUAAUGAAGUCAAAACAAGUGGAACAGAAAUUCUCGACGAAUUUAAAGAUGUCUUCACCGGACUUGGUUUAGUCAACGGAGAAUUUCAUAUCGAGCUUCGAGAAGACGCAAGGCCUACAAUACAACCGUCACGGAAAAUUCCUCUGAGCCUGAUGCCGAAACUACAGAAAACACUAGAGAAGCUGACAGAAAUGGAAGUAAUCAGCAAAGUUGAAAAAGCAACUGACUGGGUCAACAGCCUAGUCAUCGUGGAAAAAAAAGACGGCUCAUUGAGACUUUGUUUAGAUCCGAAAGAUUUGAACAGAGCAAUCAAGCGUGAACAUUAUAAGCCGCCGACAGCCGAAACCAUUUCUAGUAAGCUCAAUGGGAAGCGUGUUUUUACAGUAAUUGACAUGAGUAACUGCUACUGGCACAAAAAGUUGGAUGAAGAAUCAUCCUAUUUGUGCACAUUCAACACGCCUUUCGGCAGAUACAAGUUUAACAGAAUGCCGUUUGGUAUCUGUGUAGCGAGUGACGUCGCUCAGAGAAUGGUGGAUGAAAACUUCAGCGACAUUCCAGGAGUUCUCGCAGUGCACGAUGACAUUAUCAUCGCCGGAAAGGACACUGCGGAACACGACCUAGCUCUCAAACAAGCGCUGGAACGCGCAAGAUCACGCAACAUAAAGUUUAACCGCAGCAAAGUACAGCUACGCGUCAACCAAGUGAAGUAUCUUGGUGAUAUCGUGACCGCCGAUGGAUUCAAGCCAGAUCCCGAGAAGAUAAAAGCAAUUGUGGAAAUGCCAGAACCACAAUGUAAGCAAGAUUUGCAACGCCUACUUGGCAUGGUCAACUAUCUGUCGCAGUACAUACCAAACAUGUCAGAAAUCACAGCCCCCUACGCAACUUGUUGAAAAAAGAACAUGCAAUGGGUGUGGUAUGACGAACAUCGAUCCGCGAUAGAUAAGCUGAAACAUGCACUCACGAACACUCCUGUUCUGCAAUAUUUCAACCAAGACAAGCCAACUACAAUCCAAACCGACGCUUCGCAAAGUGGAAUCGGAAGUUGCCUCCUGCAAGAAGGACACCCCGUGAUUUACGCGUCAAGAUCGCUGACGAAUGCCGAACAGAACUAUGCUCAAAUCGAGAAAGAACUAUUGGCUAUUGUAUUUGCGUGCGAGCGAUUUCACCAAUUUGUCUACGGCAAUGACAUAAUUGUAAAAGUGACCACAAACCACUUGAGGCGAUAAUGAGAAAGCCAUUAUCUCAGACACCCCGAGAAUUCAACGAUUGCUAAUCAGGCUUCAAAAGUACAAUUUGACAGUUCAUUUUGUACCCGGAAAACUGAUGUUCAUUGCAGACACUCUAUCAAGAGCGUACCUAAAUGAGACUGUUGAGGGUCCCCAAGACCUCAAUGAUGACAUCGAAGUGAUGAUCCACAGUUUCAUCACCGAAAUCCCAGCGAGUCCAGAAAAGUUGACACAGCUGAAAAAUGAAACCGCCAAAGAUGCAACACUUCAGGCGCUGAAAGCUCAAAUACAAAAAGGUUUCCCACCCCAUAGAAAAGCCUUGAGACCAAUCCUCUCGCCAUACUGGAUUGUCAGAGAUGAGCUAAGUGAAGCCGACGGUCUUCUAUUCAAAGGAAGACGGCUUCUCAUUCCAAAAAGCCAUGCAGCACAGCGUCCUGGAAAUGAUACAUGAAAGCCAUCUUGGAAUUGAAAAGUGUAAAGCACGAGCAAGAGCCAUUGUUUAUUGGCCUGGAAUGUCACGCGACAUCCAUGAUACUGUUGUCAAGUGCCCGACAUGCUUGACACACAGACACAAGAACCAGAAGGAACCGAUGAUUCCCCAUGCCAUACCAGAUCGUCCAUGGCAAAAGCUCGGAUCCGAUGUGUUUGAACACAAAGGAAAACCGUACCUAGUAGUGGUGGACUACUACUCCAAGUACAUCGAAACUAGCCUAAUGCGUGACAAAACCGCGGGAACCAUUGUCACGCACAUGAAGUCAAUCUUCGCUAGACACGGCAUCCCUGAAGAGCUCGUAUCAGACAACAUGCCUUACAACAGUAAAGAGUUCAAACGAUUCGCAGACGACUGGGGAUUUGAACUGAUCACCUCAAGCCCCACAUAUCCGCAGUCUAAUGGCCUCAGUGAGAAAGCAGUACAAACCGUUAAGCGAAUACUAAAGAAAGCAAGCGACCCAUACAUCGGCCUGAUGGAGUACAGAAAUACUCCAGUGACAGGAAUGACAUAUUCGCCAUCCCAGCUUCUCAUGAGUCGCACCACCAGAACCAAGAUCCCCGUAACACAAGAACUCCUGAAACCAAAGAUUGCUACUGAGGUCAAACAACAACUGUUAGCCUGUCAACAUCAGCAAGUGCACUAUUACAAUCAAGGAGCAAAGCCCUUGACAGAUCUCAAACCACAGGAAGCUGUCCGUCUACGCCAAGGAAAGACCUGGGUACCUGCCGUAGUAAACGAGAAAGCAGAAACCCCGAGAUCCUAUUUAGUCACAACUACGACCGGACAACAAUAUCGCCGGAAUCGCAAGGAUCUGCUACAAACUGGAGAAAACCCUCCUGUAAUAUCAGUCCCGCAAGACAACGACUUUAAUUACACUACAGAAACUCAGAAAACCUCAGCAACCCCCAACAAAGAACAAGACCCUGUACAACUUCCUGAACAACAGCAACCCAACAACCCAGAAUCGACGACACCACCUAGACGCUCCUCGCGAAUCACUACUCUUCCCUUUAAAUUCAAGGACUAUGUCAUGAAUUUCUAAGAACUGAACACUGAAAAUUAGAACAUUGAACUUUUGUCAUACCGGAAGUGUCAUUGCUAUUAUUCGAUUAUUUUUUUUUAAUGAUAGUGUUUGAUUUCAUUCUCAAAAAGGGAGAUGUAAUAAUAAUACUGAUUGAUGCUACAGUUGACUGACAUGUAAUCCUACCCCCUGGAAUGUGCUAUAUAUAUCAACCACAUUCUGUACCAAAAAGAGAUCAAUAAACCUUCGAGCCAGUCAACCCUUGUUAUGUUUCUUAGUUAAAACCCUGAACCCGUUCAUCUAAGCAAAGCUUAUUACAAUGCCCAAGGUACAAAUCACUUCACUUUUAAUCUUACAGAAGCUCAAAUAUUAAGGAGGAUGAUAAAAUAGGACCAAUGGGGUAAAUGUGCUCCAUGGGACCCUAAUUCGUAUUACUGCAGCUUUCAUUCUGGGAGCUAAAGUGUGACAGGAAAAAAAUUAACAACUAAAUGCCACUUGAAUUUCUCGGCACUAACAUUUAGCACGAUCUUUCUUAUGCGAUAUGUAAGGACAGGGUCCACAAAUGACGAGCUUCACUUGGGACGAACCUAGCUAAUGCCAGGCGAGAACAAUAAAUUUUGCUUAUUAGUUUAAGUUCGUCUCAAGUGAAGUUCGAUGUCUGAUCCUGGCAUUCAGGUUCAGAAUUAAAUAUGUUUAAAGAAUUAUUUCUUCAGGGGAGCUUCGUUGUUCACCGAAUCGCUACUCAAGUAGAUUAAGGCAUGGGUCUUUACAGAUUUCUCAGAAUUUUAAAAGGAGAAUGGUGUAAGCUAGCCCAGGACUAGCAACAUGCCACGUUUUAAAACCGACCGUUUUGUUUUAAGAAUAGCUUUAUUAUCUUUUCAUGUCUUAAAGCAACUAACUUAUAGAGUGUUUUCACAUGACGUCACGGUGGCCAUAUUGGUGUCCCAAAACAAUGAAACAGCGGCCAUGUCGGUGUCCCAGACCAAUCCUCUGGGAGUUGAACUCUUUUCUUAUGCAAACGCUUUCUUUUGUUCCAAUAAAUUUGCAUAGAUGCUGGCCACGUGAGUGAAAACACUCUAUAGGUUAGAGUUUUCGAAUUUCGCAGCUUGUAUUUCGAUAACUUUUUUUAGCAUCUCAUCUCUUGUUAGUUUAUUUAUUCCUUUCAAUUAAGAUAGAUUAGUUAAUGUUUGGAUCUAUAAUUUAAUUCUUGUAACGUAAAUACGCAAUUUAGUUUUCGAACUGCUAUGUAUUUAUGAAUUAAUGAACUUCAAACUUCAAACUUCAAACUUAAGGCCAGUCAUAACCAAGAAAUCCUCCAAUUUCAUUUUAAAAAUUUAUUUUAACUGCAUCACGUGAUCAACUACGCCCUAUUUUAGCGAGGAAUCAUUUGAGUCGAAUUACCCACUAGACGGAGAGCAAACCUCUUUCCUUAUGUAGUUAUGUAGGUUCAAACAUUAGCUAAUAAUACUCUUGUUGUAAAAACAGUCGGAGUGAGAUGAAGUCAUUAGCGUCUCAGUCCUGAAGAAAAUUUUAGUGGGAGGAGGACUGGCACUAGUCAAUGAACACCAAUUGCAUCUGCCAAUUGUAACGCUUCGAACCAUUCCGAGCUAAUUUCGCAGACACUUUGAUACAGAGAAAGUGGUGGGAAUCGUGGUUACAAUUUUCGAACACUGGAGGGCGUAGUCGAUUACGUGACCAAGUAAUUUGGAUUUCUUUUAUCAAGGUUUUUUUUCGUUUUAGUUUACUUUACCAUCUAUCAUUCCUCGUGGAUGUCUUUAACAAUAGUUUUUGGAAAAUGUGCAUAAAAGCCAUAAAUGAAUUAGAUUAUUAGGCCUAAUCUACUUGGUUAUAAGCGCAAUCCCAGGUUAAAUAAUUCAAAGGGAAAAGCCUGCAUCGAACAACCAUGACCACUUAAAUUUGCCGACUUUACAGAAAACGCAGGGAUUGGAGAGAGAAACCCGGAGGGUUUCGAACGACUGGGACCGAGAGUUUAUACUUUGGGCAAUAUCAAGUAUACAUCCCCUUGGGAAUGUUUAUUCUUACCAUAUGUAGUAUUCUGUCUUGUCAGUAAACUUUACUAAGGAAAUUUUACAAGACUUACCUCACUGAUAGCAGUGAAAAAUACAUUGCCGCUAAAUUAAUAGUUACUAUGACAGCCAGAAAUAUUUUCAUUAUUUAAUUUUUUCCAGGUGAAUUACGUGAAAGCUAUCGACAAGUACUUGAUCGUGUGUUUUUUGUUUGUAUUCUGUUCUUUGCUGGAGUACGCCAUUGUGCUCCUUCUUGAUCGAGGAAAGCAAAACUUUGAAAAACAGAAGAAAGAAACUAGGAACCUUGUGGAGAAGGUAAUUUGUGUAUGUUUCUGCUGUGCAACCAACUUUCCCCAAGAACAGAUUAUGUAGUUCCGCCGAUCGUUUAAACUUGGCUCCAAGGAUAGCCUCCUUAAUUAGCUGGCGAACAGAGCUGCGGAGCCGCCUCUUGUCAAGGCUUUACCCCUGAACAAAAGCCAGGGUCGGCCAGGGUUUUUGGGUAUACAGUAUAUUUGGGUAUUUAAUUUCAGGUAUACAGUAUUUUUAUGCUUACAAUUGGGUAAGUAUUCCCUCACGACCAAUUUUGGGUAUAAAGUAUACCGUGUUUUUCUUAAUUUAAGUAUUUUACACGAGUUUUACCGUAAUUUUUGGUAUAUACUGGAAGGUUUGUUUCGGGUAUUUUGGUAUUCUACUAGUGCCCCCUGGCCGACCCUGAAAAGCAAUGGCUCCCGCGGAAUGAAGAAGUCGCGCGCUAUAAAUCCCGCUAGCUACGCAGGCUAUUCCAAGGAUAGCCCACAUAACAGCCUAAACAACAAACCACACUUGCAAGUAUGCACUAGUGUGUUGAAGCAGUUGUGGACUGGAUUUGCGGUUUGCAUGUUUAAGCCAUCUUUCAGAGAUACAUUCUUAGGAUUUUGCUCUUGAAAUCUGAGGCUUUUUUGUUUAAGUGUACUUGGCGGUUAUUGUAGUAAAAGGAAUGUGCCCUUUUUGACUGUUCAAUUCUGUCGUUUCUAUCAGUUUUCUUCCGUUUCACGGUCUUCAUCCAUUUUUCUUUUCAGUUAAGCGAUAUUUUUUCAAUGGUUCCCCUCCCCGAGGGUAUCCAUACACUUCAGCGUUUUCCACUAAAUUAUAAAAUGACAUAAGCACUUUAUCCAAACAGCCGCUGUUAUAAAUCUGCGUAGGCAUCAAGAACGAGCGAGCGUUUGAGUCCUCGAACGAGUGUAGACUAACGUACUUCGCGCCUUGAAAAACCAAUUUUGAAGAAAAAAAGUUUUGCAUUUUACAAAUUAAAUCUCUACACUUUUAUCAUUUCAGCUAACUAGUGGCCUGGCUCAAUUUAAUGGUAACAUUAAACAUAGACACUCUGCUAUCAUUUUGGAUGACAGAGAGCUUCGAAAGCUACUUCACAACGGAGAAACCACGGACCAAAAGGGCGACGAAAACACUGAAAGCAUCUUAGAAGCCAGUGAUUCCAAGCAAGCCUGUAGUUUGAGUAAAGUGGGAGAAAAAUGGAAAGGUGUUCGAGAAAUUGUUUACCGGGAAACGUUUAUUGUUGGUGUUGAUGCGUUUUCACUUAAAUUAUUUUCCUUUGUUUUCGUUACUUACAACUUUUACUACUGGGUGACAAUUUUCUACUAUCCUAAAUGUUUGAUCUAG